AGUCAACCUUGCGCAUUGAGUAAGAUAGGUCAUACCAGUAAAUUAUAUUAUACAUUGGAUACGUUUAGUAACGAGGAGUCUCUUAUUUAAAAUGGUAGCCCAUUAUAAGCCAGUCUUUGUCAGAUUCAAUCGGGGAAGUAGGUACUAACCAGCGCUGACCAGAAACGUGCCGCAUCGAAGGUAGCCUAUCUGUGAGUAAGUUAACAUGUUUACAUUGAAGUAGCCAUAAGUUAUACGUUAACUGGUAGGCUAUUUGCGCACCGUGGGUAAUAACUUGGAGGGCAUCGCCAUAGGCUGCAUAGGAAGGUGAAUGCCCGAAAGCAGCACAGACAAAGUGUAACAUCUUCUAAGGUAGGCUAAGCCUUGAGAUACACAUUAAUGGACAAUGUUUAAAACACCUGCUUGCGCGAAAUGAAUUGAGCAACGCACGGAAACGACAUAUGAAAAAGGAUAACUUUCAUGCGCGCAGGAUUUGCCAUAACCAUGUCUGAGGGGGACACGCGGCCUCUGAUUACAUCCACACCGGACACAGAGGGCAUGAUGACUGAGCCCCUUCCCGACGCCCCCGUUGUGGGGAUCCUGGGCACGGGGGAUUUCUCUCGUUCCUUGGCGCUGAGGUUGGUGGCCUCUGGCUACCGGGUGGUCGUCGGCAGCCGCACUCCCAAGCGAUCGGCAGGGCUUUUUCCCGAGGAGGCAGACGUGACGACCCAACAGGCAGCUGCUUCACAGGCCGAGCUGGUGUUCGUCGGUUUGUUUGUGGAACACUAUUCGACGAUAAGCGGACUCAAAGAGGUUCUCGCGAGCAAAGUUCUAGUGGAUGUCAGUAACGGGACGCAUAUAAACCACGAUGGACCCUCCAACGCGGAGCAGCUCGCCGCGCUUUUCCCCGACAGUGUGGUGGUCAAGGGCUUCAACACCAUAUCUGCCUGGUCGUUGCAGACAGGACCAAGAGACGGCAGUAGACAGAUUCUGCUGUGCAGUGACAGUGUGUCGGCCAAGAAGGCAGUGGCCCAGCUGACCCGAAACAUAGGCUUUAUCCCCGUGGACGUGGGCCGCCUCAGCUCCGCACGCGACGUGGAGAACGCUCCGCUGCGCCUCUUCCCCACCUGGACCAUGCCCGUGCUGCUCUCCCUCGGCCUCUUCCUCUUCUUCUACCUCUUCAACUUCCUGCGCGACGUUCUCCACCCGUACCUCACGUCCGGCAGGAACGUAUUCUACAAGCUGCCCAUCGACACGGUCAACGUCACGCUGCCGUCGGUCGCCAUGGUGAUGCUGGCCCUGGUGUAUCUCCCGGGGCAGCUGGCGGCGUUCCUGCAGCUGCGUCGAGGCACCAAGUACAGCCGCUUCCCGUCCUGGCUGGACCGCUGGCUGGUGGCGCGUAAGCAGCUGGGCCUGCUGGCCUUCCUCUUCGCCGCACUGCACGCCGUCUACAGCCUCUGCCUGCCCAUGAGGAGAUCGGCACGCUACAUGAUGCUAAACGCAGCCUACAGAGUGGUGAAGGAGGGCCAGGCUAACGUGUGGGACGAGGAGGCGGUGUGGCGGUCGGAGCUGUACCUGUCGGUGGGCAUCAUGGCACUCGGGCUGCUCUCUCUGCUGGCACUCACCUCGCUGCCCUCCGUUGGCAACGCACUCAACUGGAGAGAGUUCACCUUUAUACAGUCUCGUCUGGGCUACGCUGCUCUCUUCAUGUCCACCCUCCACACCCUGCUGUUCGGCUGGGACCGGGCCUUCCAGCUCUCCUCCUACCUCUUCUACCUGCCGCCCACCUUCGUGCUGGUGCUGCUGCUGCCCUGUGCCGUGCUGCUGGGCCGGCUGCUGCUGGCGCUGCCCUGCGUCUCGCAGCGUCUGGCCCGCAUCCGGCGCGGGUGGGAGAAGAGUCGCGGCAUACGGUUCCAGCUGCCGGAGAAUAAUGUGGAGAAGAGAGGACGGGAGGAUAUCAGCGAUGUCUGAGGAGGAUAUCAGCA